ACUUCUCUAAAGUGGUUUCCUUCCCGUCACACUUGAUGGCGUCAUUCUAUGCUUCCGACCUAGUUGCCCUACUCUCCCUUUUCUCCGUAUUUGUUAAUCUGUUCGAGUUGUUCACUGGUGUUGUAUACCCACCGCCGAUGGUUUUAGUUUAUUUGGAUUGGAAUGCUCAAUGCAAUCUACUUUGGAUACCCCAACGAUUAGAGGUUGUAUUCAGAGGGAGCCCGGGUGUGAGUGUGGUGACUCUGAGAAUGGUUUGUGGGUAUGCGGGGAUGUGGGGGAGACAUUAGGAUGAACAGGCAAUAUGCCUGCGCACGACAUCAGAGGACCAGGGAUAGCGCGUGAGAUCCAAGACGAUAGGGUGACGAUGUCAGUCCCUAAUCGUGAUGUGGUGGGGCAAGCGGCGGAGCGGUCCUAUGAUGACAUCCGUGACGCAAUCAAUGUCAGGAACGUUAAAGUGUAUUAAGUGCGCCCCGCUCUCUCUCGGCCAUACCGUUAAGUGGAGUGAAGAUGGUGAAUGUCAGACGGAGCAAUUAGCGCGCCUGCGAGCGG